AUGAAAAGCUUAAGGGCAAUAUUCUGUUUGGGUAUGAUAUCAGCUUGCAUGUUUGUUGGUACAUAUGGUAGAAUGAACGUAGUGUCUCAUAACUCUAUGAAAAAGGUUGGAGAAGAAGGUAAUGACGAAAAGAUUAUAUCAUGUGUUGUGGAAUAUGUCAUAAAGGGAGACUUAAGUAUUGAUGAUGGUGAUUUUUGUGAUAGUAAUUCGAUUUGUUCAAAUAAUCCUGGUUUAUGUGAUAAUGGACAAGUAGUAGUACCAGGAGAUUAUUGUAGUAAUUAUUAUGAUAUAACAUUAGUUGUUGAAGAAUCAAGUUUUGUUCAGAAGGAUUAUUGGUUAAAAGGAACUAUACCAUUUUUAGAAUCUAUGGUCAUUAACUCGAAUGUAAGUAAGGAUAAGGCUCAUAUGUCAGUUAUCCUUUUUGCAGGUAAGCAAAGAGUAUUUGUUCCAUUUACUGAUGAAAGUAGUCAAGACAAAAAUAUGUUACUUGAGAAAAUUAAUUCAAUAGAUGAAGGUAUAGCGACAAGCUCUGAUACUUUAUAUGUUAAUGCUUUAAAGUAUGCUAUAGAAAAUGUGAUAUUUGGAGAUGGCACUCGAAAGGAUGCUCCUAAAGUUGCUGUAUUAUUUUAUUAUGGAUUUGAUUAUGGAGCUAAUAAAAAUAUGAUACCAGAUGUUGUACAAUCAUAUAAAGAACAAAAUGUUAAACUAAUAAUUGUUGGUAUAGCUUUAGGAAUUAGAGAUAAUGCAUAUUUACUUGCUGACUGUUCUAUUGGGGAUGAAAAUUGUGUAAAUGUGGUAUUUAAACCUUGGGAUUUUGUUAUACCUGCCGCAGCAGAUGUAGAUCAAAAAAUAUGUGAUAAGAAUGAAUCAUAA